AUGAGUUUGACUGAGAAAGUAAAAAAUAAUAGAAAGAUAUACAACAAAACAAAACAAAAGAUGAAAAGGUUACGUAAAGAAAGUGAUGUUCAUGUUAUUCAUGAAGAUAAUGGAGAAGAAAGCAUAUACUCCAACACAGGUAAAUGGAAACGGGGUCGACUCCUUGGAAGAGGCUACGGUGGCAGUGUUUAUUUGGCUGAGAUGAUCAAACCUCCACCUCCAAUAACAUCACGUUUGAAUGGUUCCCACCCUAUUAUGGCUGUAAAAUCCACGUUGGCUUCUCACGGCGAUGACCUGAAAAAGGAGAAGAAGUUCCUCCAACUCUUUGUUGACAGUCCUUACAUCGUACGGUGCUUCGGAGAUGACAUGACAAUCACAACAGACGACCAAGGAAACAAAACAAAACUCUACAAUGUUCUCUUGGAGUACGCUUCGGGUGGAUGCUUGGCUGAUUUCAUGGAGGGCACUAUACUAUCCGAGACUCAAGUGAGACAACACACAAAAUCUAUUUUGAGAGGACUUGAGUGUAUUCACGAUAAGGGCGUCGUUCAUUGUGAUUUAAAACCUGAAAACAUAUUGAUGGUGAAGGAAGAAGAUGACGACGAUGAAUUUGUGGCCAAAAUAUCAGAUUUUGGACUGUCAAAAAUGGCCGAUGAUUGGAUGAUCACUCCUAAUACUUUUACUAUUGUGAAGGGAACUCGAGUGUAUUGGGCUCCGGAAUGUGUACAAGAUGAGGUUCAAGAGAAAUGUUCUGAUGUAUGGGCACUAGGUUGUAUUGUUCUGUAUAUGUUAAUGGGGGGAAGACUAAAGUGGAAUAACAAAGUGAGUGAGUCUGUUUCUAAGGAAGCCAAAGAUUUUCUCAUCAAGUGUUUUGAAGCAGACCCAUUACAAAGACCAUCUGCUAAGGUUCUUUUGAGUCAUCCAUUUGUUGGUGGAAGUGGAGUAUUUGUUGAGAGAGAAGAAGAUAGAGUAGUUCCCAAAAGGAAAAAGAUGAAGACUUAUUAUUAG